AUGGAGUUCCUUGGAACUUCUCAGACAGCCAGUUACUGUGGCAACAAGAAAGCCUGUGGCUUGAGUAUGCUGCCGCCCACCCAGCAGACCCCCGUGGUCCAGGAAUGCUACCAGCCCUAUUACCUGCCCGGUUACCGCUACCUCAACUCAUGGAGACCCAGCCUCUUCUGCAAGGUCUCCGACGUGCAGACCUGCCCAGAUGAGGGCACCACGAGCCGCAGGGCCCUGCGGCCACCCACCAUCCUGCCAGCCCUGCGCUCGGCGCUCUUCUGUCGCUACAGCCCUCACGACUGGGACCGAUCCAACGAGCUGCAGCUGCGAGGGGCCGAGGCCUCCCGGCUGUGGGCCGGCCGGCUGAUGGGUGACUCCAUGCGGCUCAUGCAGGACAAGGACCAGCUGACACGCCAGAUGCAGGAUGGCACCUGCCGAAACCUGAGCCAGAGGCUGUCGGACAUCGGCUUCUGGAAGUCCGAGCUGGGCUAUGAGCUAGAAAGGCUUCUGACCGAAAAUCACAGUAUGGAGACGGUGAAGAGACGUCUGGAAUGUGCGGCCGAUGAGGUGAACUGUCCCCUGCAGGUGGCCCUGGAGUGUCUGUACCAUCGAGAGAAAAGGAUUGGGAUUGAUUUGGUGCAUGACAACGUGGAGAAGAACCUCAUCCGGGUAAGGCAUCUCCCUAGUCUGUCCAGCUGCCCGAGGGGAAGAGGGAGGGCCCGGCUUCUGAGCUUGCAGAGGAGGGACAACCGAGACACUCAGCAUGCUCUGGAGCGGGACCUCGAGGACAAAAGUUCAGCCCAGUUUAUUGACGAGAAGUGCUUUAACCUAAAGAACACGUCAGACUGCAUCAGCUUCUUCCACGGCAUGGAGAAAGUCGACGGCACGAUCUCCGUGCCCGAGACCUGGGCCAAAUUCAGCAAUGACAACAUCAGGCACUCUCAGAACAUGAGAGCCAACUCCAUCCGGCUGCGGGAGGAGGCAGAGAACCUCCUGGAGAUGUUGUCGGAUCAGAUGUGGAAGCAGUUUACGGACACCAAUCUGGCCUUCAAUGCCCGCAUCUCUGAAGUGACAGAUGUUAAGAACAAGCUACAGACCCAGCUGGCCAAGACGCUCCAGGAGAUCUUCCAAGCAGAGAACACCAUCACGCUGCUGGAAAGAGCCAUCAUGGCCAAGGAAUGCCCGCUGAAGGUGGCACACACGCGGCUGGAGUGCCGAACUCGGCGCCCCAACGUGGAGCUGUGCAGGGACAUCCCACAGUUCAAGCUCGUGAAUGAGGUGUUCACCAUCGACGACACCUUGCAGACCCUCAAGCUGAGGCUGCGGGAGACGCAGGACACCCUGCAGCUGCUGGUGAUGACCAAGUCCCGGCUGGAGCACGAGCUUGCCAUCAAGGCCAACACGCUGUGCAUCGACAAGGUGAAGUGCAUGGGUAUGCGGAAGACCUUCCCCAGCACCCCACGCCUCGUCGGCUACACCUGA